AUGGCCGAAGUCAACUCGAGAGAGGCCCUGCUCCAGGCCGGUGUCUCGGAGGCGCAGGUGGAGGAUGUUCUCCAAAACCUGCAGUCGCAGCAGUUGGUUCUGGCUCCGGCUCCAGAUCCCCCAGAAUGGUUUAGCACCGUCCUCUGGUCUGACUCAGUGGUCUCAGCAUUGAGCAAGAAGCAACUCGAGGAAAUGAAGGGAGCAUGCAGCUUGUCGGAAAGCGCAUUCGAUGCCCUUAGCGAUAUCGUUGAAAGGGGCUUUCAAUUGCCGAGAUGCCUCUCGAUUGGGGCGACGGCAUCGCUUCUCCUCUUCCCGCUAUGUCUGUUCAUUAUGCUGUCAGACAAUGUCUGGGUGUAUCAGUCAGCCGAAGUGGGGGCACUAACAUCGCCUGUUCUUUUCCUGUUCUUGUCGUUGUACUGGGAAUGUGCAAGGUCCCGAGCAUUUGCCCUGGUCCUGAAAGAUCUCAACGGACACUUUCGAGGGCACGCAAGCAACUUGAGCUUCCUGAUCGAGGGCAGAGAAAGAGGGGGUUAUCGACUCGUAGUGCGCUCUGAAACCAGGGCUGAUGGAAGCGUUUAA